AUGCGUGCACCGGUAGUAGCAACGGCAGUGACCACAGUGACCGUAGCGCCGCCUUCAGUCGGUGGCACAAUGUUUGGGAUUUCGAACGCGCACCUCGUGCAGUCGCUGAGCGGGCCAGCGAUGGCUGCCGCGGGAUCUGCCGCUGGAUCCGUGGGCCUUCCGCCACUUAAACUGGACAGUCCCACCGGAACGGGGGGUAGCGUGCGGACCAAAGUGAAUCGCGCGUCAUCGAUCUGCGGACCCGGACCCGGGAUGAUGCUGGUGUCGUCGCUGAAAUCUUCCGGUGCUCGGAACAGUACCGGCAGCCCGGUCAAACGGAACUCCAGCUCCAGCUCGAGCUUUGCGGGUAGCGGCGAUCGCAGGAGCGUCUUCUACACGGACGCUGGCCCAGAACAGCGCCACAACAAGACAACGGAAGUGUCCUGGCAACCGAUGGCGAAUGGCGCCGAAAGUGGCUUAACGUCGGAAGUUAACACCACCCGGGCGUCAGCGACCGCUACUGGCGUGGAUGGGGCAAAACCAUCGACUUUGGCGGAUCAUCCGGGGGCGAUGAUGGAACCACGGCGCAAAAGCAGCCCCGAAGAGCUGCUGCAACGGCUGGGCGAUGGUCAGGUGCGGAGCAAACAGCAACGACCCUGUACCGCUGCCGCCGGUGGGCUGGAGAAUGCCGUCAUCGGGCGGAAGGCACACCUGAAGCUAGUCAGCCAGGAGCUGGAGUGGGAGCGCAAGUUCCGCGACGAUCAACUGUCCCGCAUCCUGAAGGCGCUGAUCUGCUUCGAGAAUCGGCUGAAGAGCGAACAGACCCGCAUCAGGCAGCAGCUGUACGAGAAAGAUGACGUUAUCAAUCGGCAAAACUGUACCAUAAAUCGUAUGAAGCGGAAGUUGGCCGCCGACGAGACGGGCGGGCCGGGCGAAGAGGAUGAGGACGAUGAUGAGGUGACUCAGCUGUGUCCAAAGUGUCGCAAAAACUACUACCGUCUGGACUAUCGGACGAGCGGGACGCAGACCUUCGAGUACUGCCGUGACGAUGGAGCGGAAAGUGUAAAUACGGAAAACUUGUCCCUGAACAGCGUGGAGUACGCGUCAUCGAGCGAGGAACAGGAGUCGUCGCUGUACGUCCGGGCGAAUUCGUUCAAGGAUGCGCGCCGCAGCCGGAAGUACACCAGUAAACGGUCCUACCAGGGCUAUCCGACCCGCGGGGCAUCGCGGGCCUGUAGCUUCAAGAGCAACGCAUCCGGUCCGGCCAGCGCAGGCGGAACGCUGACGAGGCUGACGGAACGGAACGAACGAGUCGGAAGUCCCGUGCGUUUCGAUGAGCUCCGCAAGCGGGAGAGGGAAGACGACGAGGGGCAGACGGAGACGGAGUGUGACCACGAGGCGUAUGUCAACAUCGAGCCGAGUGGCCAAGCAGUGCCGAAAAUCGUGAUCUACGAGAACUACGAGAGUGACAAGGAGAACAAACGGUUGGAUCAGAACCGGCGCGUGUCGGAGUGUGACACGAACAAUUACGACAACGUGGAACCGUACUCGAACCGUAUUGACAAUCUGCACGGCAUCCAGCAGCGGAAUGGCGGUGUCCUGGAGAGCCGAUACGGCCACGGCUUCCGGAAGUCGCACGGAGGGGAUGACGGCAGAGCGGACACGUGCAGCGAGCAGGCGAUGGAGCUGGACGAUGGGACCAUUUUCUACGAGGCCAACACGAGCGGUGUCGGCAAUCAGCAGAAGUACACCGAGGGCAUGGAGAUGAAGCAGACGAUCGAAACGAACGACGAUUGGUAUGCGAGUGCGAGUGAUAUGGAGGACUCGGAUACGGCCCUUGGCAAACCGUACAGCAAUGCGGCCGUCAAUCCGGUGCUGGAGUGUGUCAAUCAGAUUCUGCUUCAACAAUCGAUGGAUGGUUUCGGAGACAGUAACGGCAAAGACAAGGACACGCCCGGCGGUGAACCGGCGACUAACGACGAAGAGUUGUACAUUGGAGCGCAGGACCCGGCCUCCACCAAGAACCAGCAACCAGCGGCCGCAAAAGAGCCACCGACACAAACCACCGUACGCUCGAAGCGGGUUCACUUUUCCACCCAGAACAGCAUGGUUCAGGUACCGCGGAUAUCGCUGCAAUCGUCCCGGACCAGCCCGAGCAGCAAGGAGGAUAAGAUGUCCCCGACGUACGAAAUCCAGAGUAUUUACAGCAACGAGUACGAACCGAUCGGCUCGGAGCAGAACUCGUACUCCAAUUACUACGUCGACAUGGAGUCGAAACUUGGCUCGGAGGAUCGUGAGCGUGAACUGUCGCUGGCCGAGAAACGCAAAACCCCUCCGGCGUUACCACCGAAACCGGCCAACCUGUUGAAGUUACAGCAACUCUCGAAGACCAACCAGCAACGCCAGGUUUCGCUGACUCCGAAGGCGUCGUCGCCCACCGUGGCCCACAGUGAUAUCGCCGAGUCUGAACCGGACUACUGUUCGAUCAGCGAGAUCCAGGAAUCGGUGAAGUGUGUCCAGAUUGUGGCAGAAAUUCACAAGGAUGCGUGCGAGGACGAUUACUCGAUCGUGGAUGAGGAGGAGACCGGUGACAGCAGCGGUGGAAAGGCGCUGGAACUCUUGGAAGAAUCGUUCGCCGACGUACCGAAGCUACCGAACGUGGCGGAGAUUGUACCGCCGGUGAAGAAGAUCGCUGACUCACUGAACAAGUUUAUAAGCCAGGACAAUUACAUCACCAAAUCGGUCAGUGGCAGCAGCGCAGGUGGUAGCCCAACAAAGGUCACGUCCGGCAGUGGCGGCGGAACGGGAUCCAGUGUCCCGAGUAUUUUGACGACACCUAUCAAGAAAGAUGGAGAAUUCCGCGAACAGUUGUCGGAGAUUAUAGCGGAAAUCAACAAACAAUCACCGGCCAUCCGGAACGCUUCGAAGAAGCAGGUCCCGGUGAAGGAGCUCAGUCCUGCUGGGUCGACAUCCGUGUCGUUUCGUGGCGUGGCCACGCAAAUACCGGGCGUAACAUUUCAGUCGAAGCUGAAACCCGUCGACAAGCUGAGCUUCCUGUCGAAGGCUAGCAGCGGAGGGGGAAUGCGAUCGAGUCUGACGCACACUCCCAAGCUUAACAUCGGUCGACCGGCGGCCAUCAAACCACCGAUGCUGAAGUCGUCCCUCUCGCAGAAAGCCCUGUCGAGUACGAAUCUGACACUGAGUACGGGCAAUGUGUUGAGUCCCUUCGGUAGUCCUUCGAAAUCGUCCGUUUCCUACAUUCCCAACCUGAAGCCGUCAUCCUUGGCGAACGGUUCACCGGUAAAGAUUGCUACGCCAUUGAAGAAAACAACUGGGACAUCGUCGACUGGGGGUCCCGGGAUGACCACGGCUACGGCACCACCACCAGUAAUCAUCGCCGAGGACAGCAAAUUACCCAUUCAAGCGGAAUUUGAUUGGUAUAAUUUGGAUGCUGAGUACGGCAAGUCCACCAACCAGCCGGACGUUAUUGUCGAGGCGGACACAACUUCCAAUCCCGAACAGGAGUCUCCGUGCGGUAGCGAGACGACGGAUGGAAAGCGAGCCAAUAGCACACCGGGUGAGGCUGGUGAAAAAUGUCCCACCAAAAUGGAAGAGUUGCACGCCGUGGCUGAGAAUGGCAGCGAGCACCAGGAGGAGAUGGAGAACGCGCUGGAGUACAACCUGGACGAGGAGUACAAAAGUGUUACCCCGAUCGUGCCACCGCCCGAUAUCAUCCAGAAAGCCCCGGUGACACCACCGAAAAAUGGGAAGAUUCCCUACAACAGCCUCUCGUUCAAGGAGUUGAUGCAGCUCAACGAAACGCCCAAAAUCGGGGCCGAAAAAGCUAAAGCGAAGAGUGCCCCAGGAGCAACGGCGGUGGCGGGUACCGCAGAAAGUGGACCAGGAACCGGAAACUACGAGCACUUUCUCGACGAUUCCGGCCUCUGCUCGAAACCGAUCAUUUUGCCUCGGAAGAAGCGCGUUUACUACUCCGGGCCGUUUGUGUGAAGGUGAGGCCCGAUUUCUAAGUUUAACAGGGAUAUAUUCCUUUGAUGUUAGCGAUCCUUUAGUGAGACAGUAGUAAAAAACUGCCCAGUGACUAAUUAGUGAAACGCAAUCUUCAACUACUACGUCUCGCGCCAUCUGUGUGCGUAGCGAUUGCGAUUCGUGUUCGAUUCUGGAUCGUGUUCGAUCAUUUCCCUUUUCCCACCGAGAAAAGGUUUCAAAACUUUGAUCGAAAACGAAUCGAACUCUUACUCCGAUUGCGGAACGUAUGAACAGAAAAAAACGAGAAAAGAACCGGGAUGAAAAUGCAAUUAAGAAAUCCGCUUUCGCCAUCGCCAUUCACUUAGUAAAUCCGAUCGAAAAUCCAUGUCACGUCGCCGUCUGUCAUUUCGUAAUCGUAUUUGGAAUUAAUUAGAUCAGCGUCCGUCCCAGGUCCCCAGGCGUUGGCCUUCAGCGAACAUUGCUGGCGUAAUUCGCCAUUGAGCGGUACAAUAGGGAGUUCGACAAUAAACUAUGCUAAUUGCCGGCCUUCCCACCAAAUAAAGAAUGGCGGACAGGGAACCGCGUACGUGAUUGAUGUACGAAUUGCGGCAAAAUUGAUUUGAAACCGCUACUAAAGUGGGCACGACUGCAUAGGGAAAAGGAUGCCAAUGCCCCAGUUGAAGUUUGUUUGGGUGCCCACGUCCACACGUUAUGUAGGCCGCACUUGACCAGCGAUCACGCAUCCCGUAGAAAUGGCGUAGGACCUUAGUGCAAAUGGUAGAGUAGAGUUAGUGACCCAGCCGCGACAGAUCUACUGCGGCUCUCGUACGAAGCUCUAUCGUAGUUAGGAUAAGAUUGGUGUAAAGCGUUACUGUUCAACCGCAAAAGCGACCCUUAUGAAUUGAAAAUAAACCCAGCAGAGGAGCA